AUGUGGCUCUAUCGGGGCGCCCAGUCCGCCGUCUUCUACUACGCUACCUGCACCCCCUGCGCCGAAGGUGUCGAUCGUCGAAAACGUAAGAAGGACGCCAUCCGGGCACAGCGCGAGAGGGAGAAAUGCACCGAAAUCGUCACCGACCAACCCCGGCCCUUCCCGCAACCAACCCCCUUCAGCACCAAUGUAGGCUGGCGAGAGGAGAUCUCCUUGGGUCCUGGACCACCAGCCCGCAGAGGUGGUCUCCGAAACAACCACCACCGGACCGAUAGUUGGCAUACCGACCAGAGUUCGCAGCUAAAGAAGGACAAGAGUGGUGGCUUGAUGCACCCGCUCGGCGAGAAGUGGAAGUCCAUGCGGUACCAGCGAGAAGAUGAACCGCUCUGGGGCCAGGAAGUGCGAGGCUCAUCAAUUGGGUUCUCUGGCCGAGGUCGUGCGGACCCGAAUGAAACUUCGAAGUACUACAUCGCCCGUGUACCUCCCGUCAACGAUCUCCACCCGCCCAUUGUUAGUGGACCCUGCAGCCGGGCUGAUACAAGAUGGAUGCUACAGCCACCACCAAGUGCCCGAGUCAUGGCUGGAAAAGAAAGCUUUAAUAGGCCGGCUCGUGAUAGCAUUGGUGGAACGGCUGACGAGCAGUGUUCGAAGGCCACGAACAAUGUGGCCAAGGAAGAGACCAACCAGUCCAGUGAUGGUCCGUCUGAUAUCACAGAAGAACAAUUACCACGCCAUCCAUCUUUAACCCGACUCCGUGUCAGCAACGAUGAUUUCGACCCAACAUUACACUCUCGACCCGACUCUAUGUUCUCUACCAACACCGAUGACCGAUCUCCCAGCAUGGAUUGGAAGUACCCAGAGACCCCAAGAUCACGACCGCAAUCAAAAGCCACAGAUGAUUAUGACAGGGUCUACCGUCCGCAGAUCUCCAAAACGCUUUCCACAAUGCACAAGGACAACAAAAACAUCCACCUACUGCACCUGGAGAUCAACGACAAUGACCGCGAUGAGGUCGGUCUGGGCUCAUUACAACCUAUCCGCCCCUGGCGCUGGAGCAUGGACAUCUAG